GUAUGAAACAGCGGCCUCGUAAUUUCUUUGGAUAAAAAGUUUGAUUGCGAAAGCAUAAAGGCCAAACAUUUGUAACGCGUCCAGUGAUUGGUCAGAUGCUGGAGACAUGGCGCGCCAUAUUGACUGAUCGCGCGAACCCGAAAGUUUUUGAUGUGCCUUGCUCGCGUAGGCUAACGUCCAAUUUCAUCAACUUGCCUUCACAAUUUAACGUUUGAUUGGGGCUGUUCCAAGUACAAAAUGUGGAAUAACCAAGGAGGCUCAUAUGGAGGUGGAUUCAGCGACCAUGGGGGUCAAAGCAGCCAAGCAGGGGGCUACUUCAACUCUCCAGGUAACAUGGGACAAGUUGGUUCACCAUCUACAGGAGGACCCAAGGCUAAGCGAGCUCAGAACCUGAUCCCCUGCACCAUAGCACAGGUCCUGCAAGCCACACAGGUUGAUGAGCAUUUCAAGAUUGGAGAAGUGGAGAUUAAUCAGGUGUCCAUCGUUGGUCUGAUUCGUCAGGUGGAAAUAGCAGCCACAAACAUUUUGUACAAAGUGGAUGACAGAACAGGUCCCUUGCUUGACAUUAGACAGUGGAUCGAUAACGAUGAAAACACACCAGAGGAGUUACAGCCUCAGGUAUAUAGUGAGAACACAUACAUCAAAGUCAUUGGUAACAUUCGUACGUUUGGCGGUAAGCGAAGCAUCUCUCCAUUCAAGAUUAAACCCCUGACUGACUUGAAUGAGUUGACCCUACACAUGUUGGAGACAGUCCACACACACAUGCUGCUUACCAAGAGAAAAAGUCUGGGAGCAAGUACAAGUGGAACCUUUGGUACUCACCAGUUCAUGACGCCCUCCAAGGGUGGAAUGGCUAGUACAUCUGGCUAUGGAGCUGUCACCACAGCUAAUGGGCUGAACAGUGUACAAGCAGAGGUGCAUAGAUUGAUCACAGCGUGUCCAGACGAUCAAGGUGUGAGCAUCAACUUCCUUGCCACUAGCCUGAAAGGAACACCCUACAACAAAAUCAAAGAUGCCUUAGAGUUCCUGAGCAAUGAGGGUCACAUUUACUCCACAAUAGAUGAUGACCACUUCAAGUCAACUGACGGUUGAAAGUUCUACCCAUUAAAUUCAAACCUUCCAUCCAGAAAAUUGUUACUGCGCUUCCUUUUUCCCCUUCUCUCUUUGAAGUAUUCCUGGUGUUUUUACAGUUAUGCCCCAGGAAUGUUCUUUUUGGACGGACAUACCAGCAACAAGAUGUCAUUUUUAAAUAGCCCCUGUACACAGCCUGCUGUUUCAUCUGAAUAAUGGAUAAUAAGUAUUUGUGACUUAUAUUUAUGCACACAUUAAAUAAAUAACAUCAAAAGUUUCCAGACUACAUGUGAAUGUCUCCAUUUGGAGUGCUUGUGUUACAGAGAACAGCAAUAAAGGCUUUGCAUGGUAGCCAUCUUGAAGGACAGUUCUUUUGUUCCACAGGUAAACCUUUGUUCAUACCCUUUUGAACAAAACUGCCCUGUAAGAUGGCUACUAUACAAAGCUUCUAUACAUGUGUUUUUUCCUAUAAAAGAAUACUGAGAAAGAUUCAGGUUGUCCAAUUGAACAUUACUAACAUGCCAGGUUUUACAGACUUCCAUUAAUCGUACUUUGGACAGUCGCUAGUCUUGUGCAUCAAUGCUUGUUUUCUCCUUCUUUUGUUUAUACUGUGAAAAUUGUUUGACUUCAAGUCCUCCACUGGUUACCCUGGAGGAAAAUACCUUUUCCAUUCCAUUUUCUAUCAAACUGAUUACACCUUGUUAAUCAGAUUUAGUUGAAAUGUUAAAGUAGAAUUUCCUUUAGCAAUAGUACUGCAAAAGCCAUCGGGCAAGUUUUACAUAGAGUAAGCAUUUGAGAUUAAAACUGCACCAAGUUUUCCAAGUGCUAGGAAAAACCCAACGUUUGUAAAGAUUUGCCUUGGCCUUUUCUGGGAAAUGUUGAUUUGGUUUUUGUUGUGUAUCAAUCAUGCUUGUACAUUACAUGCCAGAUGUUUCAGAAGUCUGCUUUCCUCGUUAACAAAAUGGGGUCAUUUGUGAGAAGUUACGUCAUCUUUAUACUUGUAAAAAUGAUGUUUCACAAAUUGGAUAUACACGUAUAACCUAAUAAAUGUAAACCAAACUCUGCUUUAUAAA